AUGCGUUCCACAAGAUAACAAUCUAAUAAAACCUAAGUUUUAGAAUACUUAAAUAAAACAGCAGAGGAGUGUCGAUAACUCACAAAACUGAAUUUGUCAUUUAGAAGCAAGAACAUCAGCGAUGAUUCUCUUAAUAAGAUAUGCUAAGAAUUGAAACAGUGCAAAAAUUUAGAGUAUCUAAAAUUAGAUUUGCUUUAAAAUAAAAUAACUAGUAAAGGAAUUCUUUACUUUGACUCGUUAUGGAAAGCUUUACCUAAUCUUAAAAUACUUAAUUUUAAUAUUUAGAAUAAUAAUAUUAAAGAUGCAGGAUUAGCUGCUUUGAUGAAAGGCUUAGAGUAAAUUAAGAAGCUGGAAGAUCUUACUAUAGAGUUAACAAACACAAAUAUAAGCAAAUCAGGAAAUGAACAGCUAUUUAAACACUUAGGAAAUUUGCAAAAUAUGAUUAAGUUAAAUCUUCAUUGUGGAUAUAAUGUUUAGUGUGGAUUAAGCUAGAGUAUUUAAAAAUCACUUUCUAAAUUAACUAAACUUAAAGAAGUUUAUUUUGAUAUUUAUGAAAGUUGUCUAGAAAACCAAGAUAUUAAAUAUUUGUCUGAAGCUUUUGCAAAUUGCACUUCUUUGUUAGUGCUUAGUUUAAAUCUAUAAGGAAAUUUUAUCAGUAAGAUAGGUGCAGAGUAAUUUUCAGAGGUAUUGAAGAAGUUUAAGAAUCUCUAAAAGUUGGUAUUGUACUUGGAUGGAAAUAUGUUUGAGGAUAGUGGAUUAUCCAGUUUAGGAAAUAGCUUAGCACAAUUACAAAGCUUGUCUGUGAUUAAAUUUGAUUUAUAUAAUAAUAAAAUUACAGAUGAAGGAUUAAUAGAUUUUACUUCAAGUUUAACUAUGUGUAAACAACUUAAAGGUAUAGAUAUUUUUAUGGUAAGAAAUGACUUGACUUCAAAAGGAAUGCAAAUCUUAUUUGAGAAAUUGCAUUAAAUACCUAAAUUACUAAGUUUAAGCCUAGGAUUUUCAUCAAAAAGUAUCGAUGAGCACACAAUUAAGCCUUUAGUCAGUUUUAUAAAGGAUAAUAAAAACUUAAUUGAAUUAAAAUUAACUUUAAGAGAAGAAAACAUAAAACAAGAUAUGGCCUAACUUCUCUAAUAAGUAAUAACAUAAAAUAAAUAAUUAAUAAAAAUUGAUUUUGAUUCUAUACAAUACUUUUAUAAUUCUAAAUACAUCUAAAACUUUAAGAGAAAAAUGACAAAUUUAGUGGUUUUUGGCUAAUAUUACGAUGGUUAUUGA